UAUCUAUAUCCGUGGAUAGAAUAAAACAGCUUGUUGGAUACAAAUUCGAUAUUUUAAAUUACACGGGACGCUCCCGUCUUUUCGUGUCACAAUGUUUGUCACCCUGUUGCUCCGCCGAUGAAACUACGCGAUUGAACAUUCCGGGAGGGGACGGUAUCGUCGCGGUCUAGCCACUGGUUGCCGGGUUCCCGUCGGCCGCCGCAGUGUAUUUAGUCGUUUUGGAGCGUUCGAGUCGUCAACGCGGCCGCAUGCCUUUACCUUCGCGAACCGAUGGGCCGUCGCCGUUAAUACCGCCGUUUAUUUUGUUCCGUGCACCCGAGCCUCGCUGCUCGCCCAACUCGUCGCGUACAGUCGUUUACGCGGUCCGAGUUCUGGCCGCCUGUGCCGACACCACGGCUUAUUGUUAUUAUUCGUUCGUUGCCGUUACCCACGCACCCGCGUGUUUCUCGCCCGCCCCUCUAACGCAGUGCGAACCCACCGAUCACCGUAUACCUACCGACUCUCGCCAUGCUUAUACACGCAGUGCGAUUUGUAAAAGUAAAGCACCGGCGUACAUAGCUUCUUUACAUGCAGCAUUGGAUUAUGCAUAUAAAUCUGGAUCAAAACAUAAAAUCGGAGAUCGUGGACCCAUAGAUAACCCAUUGUGGUCUGUAAUAAUGGAAUUGUGCAAUCCCAAGUACGCAGAUUCAAUGGUUUUGACGUUGUCAUAUUUUUGGACAAAUAUCCAGAAUUAAACAAAAAACGAAUGUUACGUAGAUGUGAACAUGGAGACAUGUUACGCGAUAGAUUACCACAAUAUGCUACAGCGCAGUUUAUGGCCUACUAUAUGUUUGCCUGUUUUUUUGAUUUUAAAACUUUUUACGUACCGUACACAAUUGACGGUGAUAUAGAUACGUUAAAACAAUCGAUACAGAUCAAAGAUUUAUUAAAUUAUUACGGUUCUGCACAUUGAUCUAUUGGCAAAUCUUCAGUUUUCAAUUCCGUUUCAACAGGAUUGCUUUCUGCUUCACGUUAAUAUAAAAAAUCUUUAAACGAACCGUACAUGAUUACGUGAAACGUUUAACAGUCCACUUGAAAGAUUUUCACAAAUUAGACAUCAUACCGAGCAUUUAAAAAAAUCCAAUCUCAUUGGAAAAAUAUCAAAAUCUCGCAGCAAAGCCAUUAAAUAGUAGAUUGGAUGAAAAAAAUAUUAUUAAAGAAUUUUACAUAAUCAUUGCUGAUCAUGCGUUGGAUUAAACGAGAAAUAUUAACAUUAUGCGGCAUCUAUAAAUUUACCAAUUCAAAACGGACAACCUGCUUCUAACAGUGCGCCGGAUAUGUUGUUGAACGUUCAAUCGACCAGUCAAAAUAAUAUGAUACAACAUGUUUCGUCCGCCAACCAUUCGUCAACAACUCAUCAACUCGUCAAUUCGUCAACAACUCAUUAACAAAUCAAGAAGAAAUGUUAUUAAAUUUUACCGAGUUACACUCCAUGCCGAAUACUCCUAGAAUCUAUCUAAUUGGCGAUUUUAAUGAAACGAACCAAAAAUGGCGCGACAACGAAUUAUCGGAUUUCAAUCGCUGGGAUUCAGUCGAUACACAAGAACUAACUGAUUCGAUGAUAUUAAUGAUUGAUGUUCAGAGCAUACAAAACGUUCCGCAUAAUAUACCUCAACCUGUUGGCGAAAAUUCACAAAUAACGGAAUUUAUAAACGAGAACGAGAACUUUGAAUAUUUAAUAACACCGACAACUGUACAAUUUUAUAAUCAUAGCGAUUCUACGAUGAAUAUAAACAAUGAUCGAGAUUCUGAACAGCAAGUUAAACAUAAAUCGAUAAAUUCCAUACAAACUACAAUUUAUCGUUCAGAAUUACCGGUCGUAAAUGAACAAGCAUCGCUUCCCAAUGUGUUUAAUCAAACAACUGGUGCAUCGAAAAUUUCUAAAACUACUUCUACUACGUCUAGUCUACUAAAAUUACUACAACCAGUUCGGAAAAAAUAAACAACACUGCGACAAUUUCACAACUUGUGCCUACUACAAAUUUAUCGGUAUACAAAGUUAACGAACGAAAACGUUUACCGUCUAAAAAGUCAAUCUCCACAAAAAAUAUGACAACGUUUUUGAAUUCCGUCAGCAAUGACGAUUUGUCGACAAUCGUAACGGACAAAUCUACACGAUCACCCAUCAACUGUUUAAAAACAACACCAUCCUCAUUGUCUACCAAUAUACAACCAACACCUCAAAUUCACUCCAAAAAAAUAACACCAACAGUUUGUACAUCAACAACAACAACAACAACAACAACGACAACAACAACAACAUCGCGGUUAUUUUCUUCGUCAUCAUCAUCAUCGUCGUCGUCUUCGUCGUCGCAGUCACCA